CGGAGUUCCGCCGAGCUGCUGAGCGCCCCGCCGACCAUGUGCCGGCCCUGCGCCCCUGACGAGCCUCCCCUGUCACCAGGGUCACCCGGGACCACGACGUCAGACAAACGCAGCCACCAUGGGGUCGGAGAACGUCAAGGUGGUGGUGCGCUGCCGCCCGAUGAACACGCGAGAGAAGGAGAUGAAGUGCAAGUGUGUGGUGGCCAUGGACCUCCAGCGAUGCACCUGCAGCAUCCAGAACCCGGGCGACCCGUCGGCGCCGCCCAAGACGUUCACCUUCGACGGCGUGUACCCGACGGGCUCCAACACCGAGAACCUCUACAACGAGAUCGCCUACCCGCUGGUCGAGGGCGUGCUGGAGGGCUACAACAGCACCGUCUUCGCGUACGGCCAGACGGGAUGCGGCAAGAGCUUCACCAUGCAGGGCGUCCGCGAGCCGGCCAACCAGCGCGGCAUCAUCCCCCGCGCCUUCGAGCACGUGUUCGAGGCCGUGUCCGUGGACGCCAAGCACCGCUUCCUGGUCCUGGCCUCCUACCUCGAGAUCUACAACGAGGAGAUCCGGGACCUGCUGGGCAGCGACCCUCGACGCGGCCUGGAGCUGCGCGAGAAUGCGGAGAGGGGCGUCUACGUCCACGACCUCUCCUCGCACCCGGUGCAGAGCGUGGCGGACUGCGAGCGCCUCAUGGACAAGGGCUGGCGCAACAGAUCCGUGGGCGCCACGCUCAUGAACUCUGAGUCCUCCAGGUCCCACUCCAUCUUCAGCAUCUCGCUGGAGACCAUGGCCCUGGAGGACGGCUUCAAGGCGCCCGCGUCGGCGCGCGCCGACAGGCUGAGCGACAAGGAGCUCACGUCGUGCCUCUCGUCGGGCCGCAUCCGCCGCGGCAAGCUGAACCUCGUGGACCUGGCCGGCAGUGAGCGCCAGUCCAAGACCGGUGCCACCGGGGAGAGGCUGAAGGAGGCCAUGAAGAUCAACCUGUCGCUGUCGGCGCUCGGCAACGUCAUCUCGGCGCUGGUGGACGGCAAGAGCAAGCACAUCCCGUACCGGGACUCGAAGCUCACCCGACUGCUGCAGGAUUCGCUGGGCGGCAACACCAAGACGCUGAUGGUGGCGUGCCUGUCCCCCGCCGACAACAACUACGACGAGACGCUGUCCACGCUGCGGUACGCCAACCGCGCCAAGAACAUCAGCAACCGGCCGCACAUCAACGAGGACCCCAAGGACACGAUGCUGCGCGAGUACCAGGACGAGAUCCGCAAGCUGAAGGAGCUGCUGGCCUCGGGGACGGCGGCGGGCGCACUGGCGGCCUCGCUGGGCGCCGCCCCCGCCGGCGAGGAGGUUGACUUGGACGCGGAGAAAAUUCGGCGCGAGUACGAGCAGGAGAUGGUGCGGCUGCGCGCGCAGUACCAGGCCGAGCAGGACAGCAAGGCCCAGCUGCAGGAGGACCUGGCUCGCCUCCGCACGCAGUUCGAGGGGCAGAUGGCGCAGGUGGAGGCCCAGAAGCAGAAGAGCAACGCCAACAGCGAGGCGACUUCGAAAACCAACGCCAGGGAGAAGGUCCUGAAAAGGCUGCAGAAGCUGGAGCAGGCCAUGGUGGGCGGCGAGCGCGCCGACGACUCGGCCCUCAAGGAGCGGCGGAUGCGGCGGCGCCGCGCCGCGCAGCAGCGCCUGCAGAUGCUGUCCGAGGUGCUGGCCAAGGUGGAGGACGAGGACGGCAUGGUGCUCAAGGUGUACGACGACAUCCAGGAGGAGCUGCGCGUCAAGACGGAGGCCCUGCGGAAGAACCGCCAGAAGGUGCGCGCGCUGGACCGAGAGAUCUCCGACCUGCAGAGCGAAUUCGAGAACGAGAGGACCGACUACCUGGAGACGAUACGGCGGCAGCAGCGGCAGCUCCUGCUGGUCAACCAGAUCCUGGAGAAGAUCGUGCCAACGCUGAGGAAGGAGUGCAACUACAUCAACAUCGAGCGCAUCAAGCAGGAGGCGACCUGGAGCGAGGACACGGAGCGGUGGCGCCUGCCCGACCUGGUCAUCCCCCGCACCAAACUUCCGCCCGCCAUCCCGCUGGACAACGCGUUCGUGCGCCACGCGCUGGACGCCAUGACCAACGGGGCGACGGCCACGGCGGCGGCCUCCAGCAGCGGCUCCAGCAAGAGCAGCGCCAACGGCUCGGCCAGCCUGGAGGUGAGCCCGGACAACUCGGACCGCGCGUCGUCGCCCGGCUCGGACGAGGGCAGCGCCAUCAUCCUGCAGCGGCUGGCGCGCAGCGAGGCGGAGGACAUCGCCGGCAACUACUUCAAGCCGCGGCGCGCCAACGAGCUGCUGUCGCGGGCGCGGGCGCAGCGGGACGCGGCGCGCGUUAUCAGUAGGUGGAGGGGGGUGGUGAGGGAGAGCCGGCUCAACGGCAUGGACCUGCACAGCUCCAUGGGCGCCCUCAACACCAGCCUGCCCGCGGGGGUGGCCGCGUCCAACGGGGCCGCUGGCGGUGGCGGCGGCGGCACCGUGCUCCCCCUGCAGCUCAACUCCAGCUGGGGCUCGGGGCAGACGGCGAGCGGCGGCUGGGUCGGGUCGCCCGACAUGGCGAUGCGCAAACCCGCGCGCCUGGAGGCCCUCCCCGUCGUGGACCGCAAGCGCAAGACGGCGGCCGGGGACCUCCACACCUUCGAGCUCAUCUGACCCGCGGCGGCCGGGCCGCCAGACGGCCCCACGAGGCUCACGAGGCUGCCGCCAGCGUUUUGAGAAGGGCGCCGAACUGGUGGCAGAAAUGGACAUCGCGGCCGUGCUGCGGUCUUGUAGGCGGUCGAGGCCAGCCAGCGCCACGCCGACGGGGUGCGGCGCAAACCGGCGAAUAGCGGGCC